GCGGCAGCCCGGCCGGGCCUGCAAUCAUUAACCAGCGGGAGGAGGCGGGCCCCGGGCACAGGCUCGCACCUGCCUGCCCCCGGUCUGCCGCGGCAGGCGAGGCGGAGGCGCAGCGCCGUCCCGCCGCCUGCGGGCACCGCGCUUCCUCGGGGUCGGGAGGCGCCGGGGGGGGGAAGGUCUCUCCACGCCUCCUCGCUGGCGGCGGGAGCCGGCGCGCCGCGGGCCAUGGCCGGCUGCUGCCUCUCCGCCGAGGAGAAGGAGUCGCAGCGCAUCAGCGCCGAGAUCGAGCGGCAGCUGCGCCGCGACAAGCGAGACGCCCGCCGAGAGCUGAAGCUGCUGCUGCUGGGCACAGGUGAAAGUGGAAAGAGUACUUUCAUCAAACAAAUGAGGAUUAUUCAUGGAUCAGGUUACACAGAAGAAGACAGGAAAGGCUUCACAAAACUGGUUUACCAAAAUAUAUUUACUGCCAUGCAAGCUAUGAUCAGGGCCAUGGACACUCUCAAAAUACAGUACACAUCGGAAGAGAACGAGGAUAAUGCUCAGAUGAUCAGAGAAGUAGAAGUGGAUAAAGUGACAGUGCUGGAAAGAAAACAAGUUGAAGCAAUCAAGAGGCUCUGGGAAGACCCAGGAAUUCAAGAGUGCUAUGACAGACGAAGGGAAUACCAGCUCUCGGACUCUGCUAAGUAUUAUCUUACUGACAUUGAUCGAAUUGCUAUGCCCUCAUUUGUGCCGACUCAGCAAGAUGUUCUUAGAGUCAGAGUGCCAACUACGGGAAUUAUUGAGUAUCCUUUUGAUUUAGAAAAUAUUAUAUUUAGGAUGGUGGAUGUAGGUGGCCAAAGGUCUGAAAGAAGGAAGUGGAUUCAUUGUUUUGAAAGUGUUACUUCCAUCAUUUUCUUAGUUGCAUUAAGUGAAUAUGAUCAAGUCUUGGCAGAAUGUGACAAUGAGAAUCGAAUGGAAGAAAGCAAGGCCUUAUUUAAAACUAUCAUCACAUACCCCUGGUUUCUGAAUUCUUCAGUCAUUUUGUUUUUAAACAAAAAAGAUCUUCUAGAAGAGAAAAUCAUGUAUUCCCAUCUAAUUAGUUACUUUCCAGAAUACACAGGACCUAAACAAGAUGUCAAAGCUGCCAGAGACUUCAUUUUGAAGCUGUAUCAGGAUCAGAAUCCAGACAAGGAGAAAGUAAUCUACUCCCACUUCACUUGUGCCACAGACACAGAGAAUAUUCGCUUUGUCUUUGCUGCUGUCAAGGACACAAUCCUGCAAAUAAACCUGAGGGAGUUCAACCUGGUUUAAAAGGAAAACAUUGUUUGCAUCCACAAAGUGCGAUUUACUCAUAGUAUAGCCUGCGUUGAUACGAAAAAGAUUGGAGUCUUUUUAAAUACUAUUUAUUUACAGAAAUGUAAGGGGGGGUUUAUAUUUACUGAAGAAGUAAGGAUUAAUGAAUGAGUUUCAAAGUUUACUUUUUUAAGCUAUAAAUUUAAAACACUAUUUUCAUAUUUCCCAUA